ACUUUGCGUCACUUUUUCCAGCGCGCGCCAUCCCUCUUGCUGUAGAAGCCUGAAUUCGAUGUUGUUGUUGCAAUAAUGAUGGCGGCGGUGGGAUGCGGAUCAGCGGCCUCGGCCUCAGUUGUCGGAGUUGGACUGGCCGGCAUGGCAGUGGCGCGGGGUCGCUUUCCUGGCCGCCCGUGGGGGCCACGGAGUCGUCUUAGAUCAGAGAAACGUUUACAGCUAGGCCGAAGUUGGUCCGAGACUGGGGAGGCUUCAGCGGCCGGCAGUCGGCCUUGCCACCUCGGGCUGGCGGCCUUUGAGGACCCGUCGCUUGUCCGCCUGCUUGGAUUAGCGGCCAACCGUUGCCGAUCUCGUCAAGCCGGUUACAGUUCAAGCGGCAGUGAAGAGGGUGAUGACUUUCCUGGAUUCACCUUGGAUGAUGUUGCUAUUGGAAGUCCGCUGCGAUCAGCGCAUCGCUUUAGGAGGAGUAAAAUGAUAACAGUUCUACCCAAGGGUGAUAGUUCAUCAAAGCAUCCUUUUAGAAAAUCAGUAUCUGAGCCUGAAAUUCAAAAGACAACUGUGCAAUCUACAAAAGCAAAUAAUCGACAGAAUAUUUCAAGGAUUGUUAAAAAGACUUCAAUUUCUGUUGCUGCUCCACCGCCAAAACGUACAGUUUCCAGUUCCAUGAAGAAAACGAGAGCUAGCUUGAAAGAGGGUGCAUCAAGUCUAGCUCAAAUGAGAAGGAAGCGGGGCCCUGCAAGAAAUCUUACUCGACCUAGGGGGAAGGAAGUCUCAAAAGCAACUUCUUCUACUAAAAAUCCAAAUAAAAGUAGACGUACGGGUAGGCCGUGGGGUGCAGUAAAAUUAAUACCAAAAGGGACCAACAAAAAGUCCACCUUAAAUGAUAAAAAGCCUGUCAAACGGCUUAAAGUGGUGGGCUUCAAAUAUGUUUCUAAAGCCAAGAAGCUUAGAGGAACGCAGCUGUCAAGUGCUCAUGUAAAGUUAAAGGUGGGAAGGAAACCUAAACAACAUACAGGCAAGGACAAGCAACCUAUAUCUUUGAGUAAGAAAUCAAAAGCUUGUGAUGGGAAUGCCAGUGUAGUAGGCAGACCUAGAGGUGCUAGGAGAUUUUCCCAGCUUGGUAAUAAGACUGAAGUAUCUGUGAAAAUAAAGGAUUUGAAAAAAGAUAGGAAACGAAUUCCUAAAGCUUCAGCUGUAGCACCUAGUUUUACAGAGGAAGAUGAAAAAUGUAGUUCAAAUAUUCAGACUGCAUCAAAUAAGAUUUAUGUUAAAGGAAAAAGAAAGAAGCUUACUGACAAUAAGGUAAUUAAAGAAAAGAUUCCUGGGUUGAAACUAAGAAGGGUCAAGAAAAUAGCCACACGUUUAACCAGUUCAUCAGUAGAAGUAUCUUCAGAAUCAAGUAGCAACAAACUAUUAAUUUCUGGUACACAGCCUGCUAUAGGAGAAUUUUCUACUUCUUCAGAAGCAAAAGCUAGUACGUUUGUAUGGACUCUGGUGAAGAAAAGAGGGAGAAAACCAAAAGUGCAGCAGUUAGAUAUUGAAAAGCAGACAAUACCAGAAAUUCCAGAUGAAGAACAGCUAGCUGAUUCUGAAAGAUGCGUCAUUGAAAAUCCCAUAAUUUCUCAUGUAAAACACAAGAAGAAAAGGGGAAGACAGAAGUCUUCAUUGAAACAGAAAGAAGAGUGUAAAUUAGAUAUGGGAAAAGAUUUUCAGCCAAAUUCAGAAGCUGUGAUUGAAACGCCAGUAGAAAAUGUAGUGCCAGAUAAUGUGCCAUUAUUAGAGGGAGAAAAAGAAGAACUUUCCAUUCAAAAUGUUUCUGAGACUUUAUCCAGCGAAGCCCCCCUUACUGCUACAUUCUCAAGUAAACCAGCGAGAAACGUACAAGUACUUAAACGAAAAAGAGGUCGUCAACGAAAGCCAAAAAGAAUAUUUCAUAAAAAGGUCCAAGAACCAACAUCUGAAAUCGAAAAAGCUGUUAGUCCUUCUCCCAUUCUUCAAGAUGUACUACCUGGCCCCUCUUUAGUAGAAAAUCUUUCACCUCAAGAGACCACACCGAAAACAAGACAUUCUAAAAAAGGGAGACCUCGUCGGCACAAAUACCUCAGAGCUCCCAAGUUGGCUAACAGUGAGGAAAUUACUCCUGUGAGAAAUAAUUCUGAAGCUGACAGUCUUGAGGAACAGGAACUUGUUUUGAGUCUUCCUGCUCCAGACAUUGUAGAAGAACAAACUGAAGAUAUAAAACUUGACAUGACAAGUGAAAAUGAUGGGGGUGAAGAAGGGAAAAUAGAAGAUGGGAUGCAAGCUGAAACAGAGAAAUUGUCUGCAGAUACAUCUACUCCAGUAAGAAAGAAACUUGUUCGUGUGUUAAAGGCAAAAUAUAGAAGGAAGGCUGGUCAUCUGGCAGCUUCUAUCUCUUUUUUACCUGUAAGAUCAAAAGGACGUCCGUCUUUAGCAAAGAAAGUUGAUAGAGAGCUGGCACAACAACUUCUUUCACAGGCUGAGAAGGGUACUGUUGUUGAGCACCCUGCUUCAAGAGAUCUAAAGCGUGGCAAGUCUAGAUUUUUAAAGAAUAUAAGACACUUUAUAAUGCCUGUUGUGAGUGCCCGCUCCUCAAGAAUUAUUAAAACUCCAAAAAGAUUCAUGGAUGAUGAUGGGAUGUCUGUUCUCCCCCGUAAAAACUCUCCCAAGAAAGCUCUUCAACUUCCCUUGCACUCAAAAUUUCCUUUGGAGCUAACGAAAGAUGAUGAUUUAGCAGUGCCCAAUGAGCAGUCAUUGCCAGAACGUGACCAAGAAUUCGUAGCUGGAGAUAACAAAACAGUGGAUUACUGUGAAGAUGAAGCUGACGAAGCUGCUGUUUCUCAGGAAUUAACAACACUGAUUUCCAAACAACCUCCUUCUCCAACAAAUAGUGUUUCAGACGUUAUCUUGCCUGAAAAGCGAAGAUCUUUGCUCAGGGAACCAAGCUUCAAAUGGAGCAUUCUUGGUGGUACUGUGAGUGAUGUGUGUUCUUUAACAAAAGGUUCUAAAGAGUGUGUUCAACAAAGCAAACAAUUAGUUACUCCUCAUGUGCCUCCUGAUGACACCUUAUCUUCACUAGCUGUAACACCUGCCCUGUUAAAAAACACAGUUAAUUUUUCUAAAACUGAGGACAAACUGAAAAUUUAUGAAUCUCUUAAGAAACUGACAGCCAAGGCUAGCAAAAAAGUAAUUAAAGAUGUAUCACAGCAUGAUACCUUUGAAAAUUCCUCCUUAUGCUUUGAAAUGGAUAGCAAAGAUAAAGAAUUAGGCAGUCCAGAGCCCAGCUCUGUUGAUGACUGCAUAGAUACCCAUUCCCUUAAUACCGAGCCUGAAGAGAAAAUAGAACUUGACACCCCAGAGAAAGAAAAGCUAAAAAUUGAAGAUAUUGACUCGCCUGGAGUUGUUCGAAAAGUAGCAAUACGACUUAAGUCCUUGAACACAGAGCUAGCACAGGAAAAUGGUUCAUCUCCCAUAUAUUCAGAUGAUAUCGGAGAAGUUCAAGAUGAGCUGCCAAAUGCAGAUCAAAUUGCAGAAAGUGAUAGAACAGAAGUUGAAGAGAAGAGCUCAGCCCAUAAAAUUCGUCUCACUGGAGCCAAUAAAAGAAUGUUCCACUUGCUGAAGAGGGCAAAGGUCCAACUCAUUAAAAUUGAUCAGCAGAAACAACUUAAAUGCUCACAGCUUCUUUCUGGAUCUGGGACAGUGAAAAUCAGUCGAAAAGAGUCCAGAGAUAAGAAAAAAAGAAAAUUGUUAAAAAUGAGGAAAGAAGUUCAGGAUGUCUCCGAACAAGAUGAAAAUGUGCUACAGCCGCAACCUGUUACUUCUGGACCACGCAUCAAACAUGUGUGCCGAGAUGCAGCAGUGGUAUUGGGGCAGCCAAGAGCAGUGGUACCUGAUGACAUUCCUCGUCUCAGCGCCUUACCACUACAUGAGAGGAUGGAAAUUGCUGCUUCUCCUAUUAUAGAAGAUGCUGCUUCAGCCUCAGAGGUGGAGAGCCCACCUGUGUCUGAGCAAAAAGCAACUAAGAUUAAGAAGUCUUCAGCUAGCCAGUACUAUUUUCCAAUUGGCAAGAGAGCUGUCCGCUGCGGAAAAUGCAAAGGGUGUUUGCAUCAAGAUGACUGUGGAAAAUGUAUAAACUGCUUGGACAAACCUAAAUUUGGAGGCAAGAACACUAAGAGACAGUGUUGUGUCUUUAAAAAAUGUGACAAAAUUGAGCAAAGGAAGUUGAUACGACAGGGAUUCAAGUCUGGAAAAGUAAUUCCACCUAAGCGACGGCGUGCUUCAAGUGUGUGUUACUCAAGUGAUGAAGAUACGGGUUCCAUAGUGGAGCGGCAGGAUUCAGUUGAGGAAGCAAUGACUCCUGAUCACCCUAGAAGCCCAUCACUACGCAAACAGCCUCGCCGAUGUGUCAAACUGCGCUCCUAUUGUGAUCUGUUGGAUUCAGAUGACUCUGAACUUGAUUUAAUCUUGUCUGGGUCAGCCUCUACCUCACCUGGUAGGAGAAGGGCCACUGCCCCACGCAGUACAGGCGACUUUGUGUCUUUGGAUGAGAUUCCAGAUGAAUCUUCAGAUGAUGGCAGUCGUCAGCGAAAAUCCAGUGCUCCAAAAAAUUUGUCUUGCAGACGCAGGCCUGAAAAGAGUCAGCUAGAUCAAACACCUCCCAGUGUAUUGGCUGCCCUGGUUAAUGGAUUUUCACGCCGAGAGAAGGAACCUCCUAAACCUGCACACAAAAUAAGGGUUGACUUCAAGGAGGACAGUAAUAUCAGAAAUGUCUGGUUAAUGGGAGGUCUCAGCAUCCUUACAUCCAUCCCAAUUACUACUCAGUAUGUAUGUCUGCUGUGUGCCAGUAAGGGCCAGCAUGAGAUGAUAUUCUGCCAAGUUUGUUGCGAGCCCUUUCAUCUCUUUUGUUUGGAAUCCCAUGAGCGACCACUAGAUGACAACAAAGAGAAUUGGUGCUGCCAGCGCUGCAAGUUUUGUCAUGUAUGUGGGAGAAAAAACAAGCACUCCAAGCCUCUUUUGGAGUGUGAGCGAUGCCAGAACUCCUACCAUCCUGCUUGUCUGGGACCUAAUUAUCCAAAACCCAGCAAGCGGAAAAAAUCUUGGGUGUGCAUGACAUGUAUACGCUGUAAAAGUUGUGGAGUUACUCCAGGAAAGAGCUGGGACUCUGAGUGGAAUCAGGAAAAAAAUCUGUGCCCUGACUGCUGCAAACUGUAUGACCAAGGUAACUACUGUCCCAUCUGUUUUAAAUGCUAUGAAGACAAUGAUUAUGAUAGUCAAAUGAUGCAGUGUUCUAAGUGCAAUCACUGGGUCCAUGCAAAAUGUGAAGAGCUGUCUGAUGAACUGUAUGAAAUUUUGUCAAACCUCCCAGAGAGUGUUGUAUAUACAUGUACCCCCUGCAGUGAAGGCCAGCCUAUAAAGUGGAAGGAAAUGCUGACAUCUACGUUGAACCAGGGUAUUAAAAAUGUCUUACUGGGUCUUCUUACAUCAAGACUAUCCGUUCAUAUGUUACGUUGCAAAGAGUGUUCACUGAUGGCAGAAUGUAAUUCAGUUGUUGACUACAGCCCAGUCUGUGAUCUCCAAGCUGUAGGCAGGAAGUUUGACAGGGGGGAGUAUACUUCACUGAAAUCUUUUCAUGAGGACAUUGUGCAGAUCAUCAGGAGGAGAAUGGACGAGGAGGCAAAGCUCCCCAUGGAUCAGCGCCAGACUUCUGUAGCUAGAUCAUUCUAUUUGAAGCUCUUGGAGAGGUUUUUCAGUUGGUUUAAUUCCCAAGAUCCCAAAAUUUGGGAUCCAUCUUCAAGAAAAGUACCCAAUGGAAUCCUUCCAAAUGCCGUUUUGCCUCCAUCUGCUGAACAUGUAUAUGCCCAGUGGAGAGAGCGUGAAGAUUAUGGAUUGAGUAGAACUUUCUCAGGAAGUCACGAUGACCUAGAGAGAAAGUCUUUGUAUGGUGAAAAGGUCUUAGAUACUAGGAACUCUAAAUCAAAGGAGAUGUCAUUGCAGGCAAGAUUGGAAGAUGGACCAGACCUUUCUUACAGCAUUGAUCAUGAUGCAGUUGAAAAUAGAGAUAAUCAGCGACAAUGUGCACUUUGCUUAAAAUUUGGAGACGACAAACCCAAUGAUGCAGGCAGACUACUUUAUCUUGGCCAGAAUGAGUGGGCACAUGUGAACUGUGCAUUCUGGUCUGCAGAAGUAUUUGAAGAGGAAAAUGGUUCCCUGAUGAAUGUACAUAUGGCUGUAGCCAGAGGCCGCUUAAUGCGAUGUGAAAGAUGUUACCAACCAGGUGCCACAGUGGGAUGCUGUCUUUCAUCCUGUCAAAGUAAUUAUCACUUCAUGUGUGCACGUUCACAAAACUGUGUUUUCCAAGAAGAUAAGAAGGUGUAUUGCCAGAGGCAUCGUGAGCUGAUAAGUGGAAAGACAGUAUCUGGUAUGAGUUUUGAGGUCCUACGGAGAAUUUGCAUCGAUUUUGAUGGCAUCAGCUUGAAAAGAAAGUUCCUGACGGGGUUGGAACCGGAGGCAAUCAAUUUAAAAAUUGGUUCUUUACAAGUUGAAAAAUUGGGUGUAUUGACAGAGCUCUCAAUGUUUCAAGGAAAGCUGCUUCCUGUUGGAUAUGAGUGUUCUCGCUGGUACUGGAGUACACUUGACCCCAAGAAGCGCUGUAAGUACACAUGUCGAAUAAUGGAGGUGCGACCGCCAACAAUGGAGAAAACUGAGGUGGAAACACCAGACCAAGGAGAUAAUCUUACUAUUGCCCACAGCCCUCAUCCAGAUAUAGCUCUUGAAACACCAGCUAAAACUAUGGAGCCUCCUCUCCCUACUGAACAGCAGUCGGAUUUUCUAGUUCCAGCAAGCAAGUCAGAAACUGCUGCACAUGUCAAAAUCACUAGUUAUUCGCAAGCCCGAAAGCCUGUUGGAGGAUUCUUUAGACCCCUGCCUUCUCCAGAGAGCACAGCAUCCAAGUCUCACCAUAUCCUGACUGUGAGUGAUUUGGAAGACCCUUCUUUAAGGAGGCAAAAGCGACUAAGUCCCUUGUCCCACCAUAGUGUUCCUCGAAGCAGAAUAGCUUCUCCAACUACCAGUCUCCAUUCAGGAGCCGUGACUCUCAGGACAGGCUCCUUGCACUCUAAAGGUGUAGGACUACCAUUGUAUGUAGGUGAUGCUACUGAUAAUUCUUCGUUGUCCCCUCUGUCUCGUUCCAAUAGCCAUUCUACCUCAUCUAAAUCUCCUUUGGGGGUAGUUUCCAACCAGAUGUCUACCUCAGGACUGCCAUCAAACCAGCACUAUCAUCAUUGUUCCUGGCAAAGCAGCAGUUCACCACCUAGUCCAGAGCAGAAUUUUGGCAGCUUGUGUUUGUCACCUUUGGGUCCUGGAAGUCAACUUCCAAAGCCAAGGACAUUUGACACAAGUGGACAAUAUGAAAUUUUACACCAGAACUCGUCUGAGGUACCUCAUGAUUUCCUGGACACACCUGACUUGGAGCUGGUAACUUCUAGUGAAACAAACUCCUUGUUAAAUCAGUCAAGUUUGGUAAAGGAAGCCCAAAUUGCAGUAGAUCAAGAUUUCCCCUAUGCAGCUUUUGAUGAUGAUUCCGAAAUAGCUGUUGCUUCUGUCUUGAGUGCAGCAGCUGAUCUGUCUGAAUUUGAUGAGAACCUUUUAAAUGAUGAUAUUACUUUGCAUUGUGGAGCCCAGAUUGUGGUGGGGGAAGAAGUUGAACACCAGCCUGCAGAUAUCGAUAAUAGUAGCAGCAGCAGAAAAAAUCAGAUGAUUCUACAGUCAAGAGCUGCAACAGAAGAAUGGGGCAACACAUCCUCAGAUGAAGAUAUGGAUAACUACUACAGUUUUGUUCGUACAGUUACCCAUGGCAACCUUAGGGAAGAAGGUGAGGUAGACCCUUCCAACACUAUUGCCCAACUAGAUGGUGUUGAUGAUGGAUCUGAGAGUGAUGUUAGUGUGAUCACUACUGAUGGCUCUCAGACUAUGAAAACAGUGACUAACAGCUCAACCAGUCAGGCACCACCAGCCAUGAUCUUGGACAGUCAAGGAGUAUCCCAUACUAAUGGGUUAACUUCAGGAAUACAGUUUACAGAAAGUUUCUCUGGAGGUAUUAUGUCAUUUCCAACUGGUCCAAUGAACGUUACAUGCAUGUCUUCAAAGGGUAAUCUAAAUGAUGUUGGAGUAAAGGAUUUGUUUUCAGAAGCGAACAUAGUGCCAGUUACUGAGGCAGAGGUGUGUAAUUCUUCAGGAGUGACUGUUUCAUCUGCUUCUCCUCAAAUUGUUUCAGAAAGAAGCCUCAGUUUCUCAUCAGGUGAAGACCAACAGUGUAAAAAUAAUAUUGACCCUGACAUGCUUCAGUUAUGUUCAACAGAAAUAUCAGUUAAGGAGUCACAAUUAUCAGGGAACUGCUCAACUACAGUUACAGAAUUAAGUAAAGAAGUUUUUCUGGAUCCAAGCAGUGGCCACUUUGUAUCUGUUAAUGAUGGGUCUGUAGUGCCAUUUGAAAACCUUGACAGUGUCAGGGCAUCACAAGUUGACGUUUCAUCUGAAUCUUUAAAUGCUGACCUUUUUUCAUCUCCCCAACUUUCAGUGAAUACUCAGACUGGUCAAACACCCUCUACUACAGUGGUGUCAGUUGAACUGCCACAAGCAAGCAAUUAUCAGGUUCAGUCUUCUACCCCUUAUUUUAAACCUACAUUAUGCUCUGCUGUUCCAUCUGUGGUUUCGUCUGUACUCAGCCAAGUCAAUCCUGGAGUUAGCCAGGUAGAUGCUCUUAAAACUAGUUUUGUAUCAUCUGCCUGCUUUCCCACAGAAUCUGUUUCGGAGAAAAAAAAGUUGCUUCCCAGUUCAGCAGUGGAUGGACCAUUGAUACAGACUAUUGCAUCUUCUACACAUCACACUACACCUAUAAUUGCACGUAAUGUUUCUGCAAACAUGACUCUUAUUCCUUCUGCGUGCUCUGUUUCAAAUGCCACUGGAAGAAUAUCUCUUCCCCAGACAGGUGGUCUGCCUGUAGUGUCCUAUAGUCAAGUAUCUCUACCUGUGAUCCCUUCCUCUUUGCCUACUGCCACUCCAACAGUUACUAUUGUGCCAUCUCAAGUAAGCUCUAGUCCUCAAAUCAGAGAAGGAGUUUGCUUUCAAAGAAAAGAACCUUUGCUGUCUCAGCCAAUACAUCCUUCCACAUCACCCCUUCUUAUAAAUGGUUUUAGCUCAGGGAUCCCACUUUCCAAGGAGCAAGCGACUCCUCGGACUUGUUCCAUGUCUAUCAACCUUGCCACGCCACGUCCUACUGUUGAGCAGCCCCAGGUUGUGACAUCUGCAUUAUCUGGACACACAUUACUAACUGUGAGAGAAAUAGGUGGACCAAAUGUGGAUGGAACCCCUCAUGUUUUACUUGUAAAUAAAUUUGGUCAGGUUUUCAUAAAAAAUCCUGUUGAUAACACUUUUCAGUUGCCUCCGUCUAAUUCUCCUUCUCUUAGCCUCAUAGGACAAAUAAAAUCACUCUUACAGAACAAUACAUUAGCAAGUACCAUUGUAGCUGCAGGUAAUCUGUCCACAGCUGGAGUAAGUCAGCCUGUUCAGUGCAGUACCAUUUGCUCAGCCACGGAUCGCUCCAUUUCAACCCCUUUGCAUUGCUUAAUUCCAGGACAGCCUCCUACAGCUCGUUACAUUUCUUCAUCCAGCAAUGGAAAUGUAUCUAACACAGAAGUGAAUGCAAUGCUCAAAGUGGGUACUGGAAAGCCUCAAAAGCCUCCUCCAAAGCCAAAGAAGAAAAAGAAACACAGUACUAACAAAGCAGAGCCUUUGGUGUCUACAGUUAGUCAAUCUAUUUAUUCUCAGAACAGUAUGAGUUCAGUGUUUGCUCAAGCAUCAACACGCUUGAAGUCACCUCUCCCGGGUGGAAUUUUAAAACCCGAGUUGCCUAAUUGGGCCAUCUGUAACUUAAAUAUGGAUCCUCCUGUUAGCACAUCUAUUACAAAGGGUGUUGCAAGCUCUGACAUCUCCAGUCAUGGUCUUGCUUCUCUGGAUUGUCGCCCUCUCAAAGCAGGAUAUCAACUACAUAAUAGUUCCUAUCUAAGCAGCAUUAAAAGUGUGCAGAUGGGGCCAAGAAUUGUGCAGUUAAACCCUCCCCAAAUACCUGAGUUCCGAACCCCUCCAGCAUUAACCCGGGCAUCGAAUCUUCCAUCUUUAAACACUGACAUAGCAAAGCAGCUUCGAUUGGAAUCUGUUGAAAAGGAGGAUCUUGCCACUCCAGUUGCUCAGUCCCGCAGCCAGGUUCGAAUAAAGAGAGUCUCCUCUAUUUCAGACCGUAUUGCUGUCAAAAAAUCCAGGAUUGAAUCUGAGAUCACUGAAUCAUCUAACUCUGUAGAAGAUGUUCGCCGAAGUAUAAACUCAAGCAAAUCGGGGCGAGUACGUAUUAAAACACCCACAGUAAAAGGAGUACUUGAUCUCGAUAAGAUUCAGGAGCAGAAAGUCCAUGACAUUGGAAGCACUGGUCAAUCAUGGGACCACUCGUCUAACAGGCUGACAGACACCAUCAAUGAGAAAGGAAGUGACUGGCAAAAUGUAUGCCGAAGUGCUAUUACCACCUGGAACAAGUACUCUGGCACGGCUUCUAGCUCAGAUGAGGAAUAUCCAGAUCCUGUGCAAGAUGAAAAUACAUCAGUGAAAGAUCAGCCUCACCUGGUCUUUGAAAUUAAAAGUGACGAUGGGUUCCAUGUAGAGGCUGACAGCAUUGAAGUUGCCUGGAAGGCUGUGACUGACAGAGUGCAGGAAGCCAGAGCUAAUGCUAGACUCAAGCAGCUAUCUUUUUCAGGUAUGACGGGAAUGCGCAUGCUGGGCAUGCUCCAUGAUGCUGUGGUGUUUUUGGUGGAACAGCUGUUUGGUGCAAAUCUCUGUUCCCGUCACAAGUUCCAUUUUCAUAAGCAAGAACAGCAUGAAGAGGAGUUAUUUAUAAACCCCAGUGGUUGUGCCCGUGCAGAGGUUUAUGUUAGGAAAUCGACAUUUGACAUGUUCAAUUUUCUGGCUUCUCAACACCGUCAACUUCCUGAAAACUUGCCUUAUGAUGAAGAGGAGGAUGAAGUGCCUCUCAAAUCAACCAGACGAGCAACAAGUUUGGAGCUUCCAAUGGCAAUGCGAUUCAGGCAUCUUGAAAAAACUUCUAAGGAGGCUGUUGGAGUAUACAGAUCUGCUAUUCAUGGAAGAGGUCUGUUCUGCAAGAGAAAUAUUGAUGCCGGUGAGAUGGUGAUUGAGUAUUCUGGAAUUGUCAUCCGAUCAGUACUUACUGACAAAAGGGAAAAGUACUAUGACAGCAAGGGGAUCGGCUGCUACAUGUUCCGCAUUGAUGAUUUUGAUGUUGUGGAUGCUACCAUGCAUGGGAAUGCUGCUCGUUUUAUCAACCACUCAUGUGAGCCUAACUGUUAUUCACGAGUCAUCAAUGUGGAGGGUCAGAAACACAUUGUUAUCUUUGCUUUACGCAAGAUUUAUCGUGGAGAAGAGCUUACUUAUGACUACAAAUUCCCCAUUGAGGAUGCAAACAACAAACUGCAUUGCAAUUGUGGAGCUAAGAGAUGUAGACGUUUCCUAAACUAGAGUGACAGAUGUUUAAGUGGGUAUGGGAGGGCACUCUGUUGUUGGUGCUGUUUUUUGUUGGGGCAGAGUGUGUACCACAAACAUUUAAAUACAGUCAACAAAUUGGUUAAAAUAGUUUGUUCUCCUUGCCACUGUCCACCAAAGUGCAUUUUAUUUUACAAUUGACUUUCAUUCUAAAAAUCAGAGUGCAAUUCAUCCUCAUUCCAUUACUUCUACUUUUCAAGACGUAAUACUGCUGAAAAACCUCUCAACUUGUUUUGCCCCAGCAUUAUAUCCAAAAAUAAAUGACACGAUGUCAUUUUUAUGUACAUGAUCUGUCAAAGAUACUCUCCCCACAAUCAUUUUGACUUCUAGUAUUUGAUCUUACAGGACAUUUGAUUUUAAUUUUACCAUACUGCAUAGUAUUUUAAAUACAUGAAAUGUGAAGAGUUAACACAAACAAAAACACUGCCAAUAGGCAGCAUAUAAGAGUGGUUUUAUGCUUGUAACUUUAAUAUAGAGACUACAUACAUGGUUUUGUUUUUUAUUUUCUUGGACAAAACAGUUGUGUUAGUCUUGCUGUGUGAAACAAAGAACAUAUUUUACACAGUAUUACAGUUAGUUCAAGUUAGUAUGAUCUACUUUGAAUUUUUCUUAGCUCAACCAAAUUAUUUUAUGGCAGCUGACUGACAAGGCCCUUUAUCCCGAGUCCAGCUAAUUAAUGGUAUCCUGCCUAUAGGUGAUUAUUAUAUUACUUUGUUAUGGCAAUACAGUAUACCGUCAUAUAACAUACAUAUUUAAGCACAUUGGGUACUCUCUGCUACAUGAGGCCUGUCAUCCAGUAUCUUAGCAUUCAUCUGCCCUGUAGAUGAUGUUAAUUGAGGUUUUUCAGACCAAAAGCUAUUUUUUAUACGUCACAUUAGAUAUCCUCCCUUCUCUGAAGUCAUUAGGGCAUUAGUCUAAAAAACACACAAAUCUGGCAUUGAUGUGUUAGGUGUCAAAUCCUUUUGGCUUUCUUUUUGGCUUGCAUUGUUCUAAUUGUACUUUGCUGAGCAGACGUUCAGUAAUAAUCUUCUCAGUAGUAAUUUGGAGCCCACUUUGAAUUUCACUUUCAAACUUACUGUACAUGCUUGACAUUUUAUUUAUAUAGUUCAGUAAGUGGGUAAAAUGUUCUCUACUUAGUACAUCUUGUUACCCGUUUUGUUACCCCACUUAGCUUGAUAAGUAAAGUUCAGGUUAACUGUCUUCUCCCUUACAACUUCUCAAAAACGUAAUGGAAUUUUUGUUUUUGGUUUAAAACCGACGCUCUUCAUAAAAGAAAACCAGAAGGUUUUAUACACUAAGCCAUUUUGCAGGCCAGGUACACAUCUGUACAUAAUAUUGUUUUUUUCAGAGUUUUAAUGUGCAUAAACAUGUUUGUAACCUGGUGAUAAGAUUUUACAUUUGUUUUGCAAAGGAUUACAAGUUUUAAGCGCUGAUUAUGCUGUAAAUCGAUACAAUUAAAAUUCUUCAGGAUUCGUUUGUUCAUAGUUCUGUAAGAAUGUUUGUGAAUUAAACUCAAAGUUCCUUACAUGAAAAUGCCAUAUUUUAAGGAUUUGUUUUUUGAUGGAGCCAAAUGCCUGUUUUUGUUUUGUUACAUCCCUCUUCACUCUCUUAAAGCAAAACUGUUAGUGUUUUUUUUUUUUUUAAUUAUUUAUUUAUUUUAUCCUUUGUCAGGUGUAGAAACAAUUCCUAAUUUAGCAGUUCCUAGUUUAAUAGUUGUCAGGAAUUGAGGGCUGUACAGGAAAGAAAAUACAAAUGAUAAAAAUGUAUACAGUACUUGCUAUUCCUAAUACAUUAUAUCUGCUUAACUGGUUUUGGGAGAAAUCAUGUUUUGCUGUUAUUCUUCAUAAUACUAUAGAACUUUUUUUUUCCUUUUACCAGAUUUGUAGUUGUGCAGAAAUUCAGACUGGUUCGAUACAAUUGUUAACCUACACGUUCUGUUAAAAAAUCUUUUCAAUAUCUGUUAAAAAUAUACUGUGGCAGUUCUGUCGGUAUUCUCAUUCUUGUAUCUUGGUUUUCAUGCUGAAAACACAUUUCUGUUCAAAAGUUUUCUUAAUGUCACUUUUUCAGAAGUCUACCAUACAGUUCUGAGCAGUCUGACCAGAGUUUUUUGUACUAAAGACUACAAUUCUAAGAGUUGAUGUUUUCUUGAAGUCCCUACCCCCUUCGUUAUGAUGCGGAGAGGAGAGGGGUGAGGGUCCUACCUCAGUAGCUUAAACAAUAACCAAGGCUCUGGUCAGGUAAGACUGUCCAUCUGUGCAAUGAAGGAAACAAAUCACUCGUUUCUUGCGUACUUCUCUUAUACCGAGUUUGUACGUUUGGGGAGUUCUUUUAAACUUUGUGAACUGGCUUGAUGUAAACGAAAAAAUCUCAAGAAUGUAAAUAGUUGUAAAAUAAUUUCUAAACCUGUUUAAUUUUUCUAUGCACUUUUUUAUUUAUGAUGUUAUUUGCUUAAUAAAAAUGUUAAGAUGUUUGAACAAAAA